AUGAAGAACAAUAAUUGGUAUAAUCACGUACAGUCACAAAAAGAUAAUUUUAAUCCUAUACAAAGAUAUUUAGUUGAUAGUUCUGGAGAUGAAGCUUUUUUAAAUUCAGUAUUUGGUGGUAGGUCUAAUACAUAUACAUAUUCUGACUAUAGAGCAAGAGCAGUAGAAAAAGCCAAAAAGCGUUUUGAUGAUAUAUCAGUUAAGCAUAUAGAAGCAUUAAAUAAUGUAUUUUUACCAAUUCUAGAAGAAUUUUUACCUGAGGGGGUCUUAGAGAGUGUAAAAACAACUCAACCCCUUACACAAUCAUUAAAAAAUAAUCCUGUUUUAAAAAAAGUACUUAACGAUAAUCCUCAAAUAUUAGAGCAAUAUAAUAACAUAUUGUCUAGUAUUGAUAGUCCUUUCAAAAAGCAAGAAGAAAGAUUACAGAAAUUAGUUAAAACUGAUUAUGGUAGCGCCCAGCAUGUAGAAGCUUUUGAAAACUCGUUUUUAGAAAGCUUAGAUUUAACUGAAUAUUUUAGUUAUCCUGAUGGAAGUAAUGGAACUGUCCCAGAUUCUAUAAUUGAAUGUAAAGAAGAUAUACAAGAUAUAGCAAAAGAAUUAGCUGAAGAAAUAGCGCCAUUAUAUGAAGCUGAAAUAGUAUUGCAAGAAGAGCUAGAAGCACAAGAAGUUAUAAGUGAACAUUCAGCAUCACCACCAUCUUCAGAAAUAUCAUCUACACAUCAAGAAUCAGUUUUAAUAAAACCUUCAGCAUUUGGAGGUUUGAUUGAUAUACCAGAAGCGCAGUCAGAAGAGCUAGGCAGUUCUGAAGCUAACAAUCAAAUGUCUAUGGCUGAAAUGAUGGCUAGGAUACAAGAGCUUGAAGAGGCUAAUAGAGCUAAGGAUGCAACUAUAGUUAAAAAAGAUGAGCAAAUGCAAGAGAUGGUUACGAGGGAAGAAGCUGAAAAAAUGAUAGCACAAAAAGAUGCUGACACAAUAUCAGAACUUAAGGCAAAUAGAGAAACCAUCAAUCAACUCCAAAAAGAAAAUGCUGAACAAGAUAGAAUUAUUGAUAGUAAAGACCAAAAACUUGAUACAGCUUACAUGCAAGUAGAAAUGCAAAAACAAAUGUUGGAUAUGAAAGACCAGCAAAUAGAUGGUUUAGUCAGAGACAAAGAUCAUUUAGAAAUAGAUAAAUCAGAGCUUAAAGUUGAAGUAAAAGAAUUAAAAGAAAAACUAAGUAAAGGGAAUAAUGAUAUUGAUAAUAAAUCAUAUAUAAAAGGUUUAAGUGAAUUUGAUGCAAUGAGUGAUUUAUCUGAUUUAGGAAAAAGUAAAUCAGAUAAAGGUUCUGUUGGCAAAUCUAGUAAUAGUAGUGUAUUAAGAAAAAAGUUAGAAACAGUAGAGGAUGAGAACAAGCCUUUAAAAGAUAUGCUGGCAGAAAAUUUUACAAAUAACGAAUUAAAUAGUAAAUUAGUACCAAUGAUAGGAGAAAAUUCAAACUCUAAUUCGGAUAAUGAAGAAAAACUAGAUAGUAUAGAUUUUAACGAUAUAGAUUUAACGUAA